AGUUGGUAGUUUAAAACAGCUCUUCUAUUAGUGUAGUUGUGCCUCAGCGAUGACGGGACAGUAUAAUUUGUUUUUAAGUAAACGCUUAGUAACAGAGGAAAAGAUUUUCGAUGGUGGGGUUUUGGUUAACGAGUUCGGAAAGAUUGAAGACGUGCUUGACCGAUACGAUGCUGAUAAUUUGAUAGCCGAGAGCAAGGAUAAAAUUACUGUAGUAGAUGGUGGAGACUGUCCCCUCCUAGCAGGUGUGGUUGACUCCCAUGUCCACGUCAACGAGCCCGGCCGCACCGCCUGGGAGGGUUUCCGUACAGCGACCAGUGCAGCUGCUGCUGGCGGCAUAACUACCAUCGUCGAUAUGCCGCUAAACUCCAUCCCGCCGACAACGACCUUGGAGAAUCUUAAAAUAAAAGCCAAUUCUGCGAAGGAAAACGUAUUCGUAGAUGUUGGAUUUUGGGGCGGCGUGAUUGUUGGGAAUCAGGAUUCUCUUCGAGAUUUAAUAAAGGCUGGAGUGGUGGGUUUUAAAUGUUUUCUUUGUCCAAGUGGCGUUGAAGAGUUUCCUAAUGUAGGAAUCGAAGAUUUAAAUUUAGCAUUUGAUGCCCUUGAAGGAACCGGCUCGGUUUUGGCUUUUCACGCUGAAGUUGAAGAGGAGACAUCUAGCGGGAAAUGUAUGAAAUUAGAUCCUGAAGAUUAUAACACGUACCUAGAGUCGCGACCAUCCCAAAUGGAAUUAAGUGCAGUCUCACUCAUAACCAACUUCCUACAAAAAACGGACGUUCGAGUUCAUAUUGUUCACGUGUCAUCUGCAAAUGUGGUGCCGCUUCUGGUGAAGGCUCGUGAGGAUCGUCUAGCCAAAGGCCAUAAUGCCUGGCGUGGAGGAGUAACCGCUGAGACAUGCCACCACUAUCUAACGCUGAGCGCAGAUGAAGUGCCACGAGGACACAGCGAGUACAAAUGUGCUCCUCCAAUACGAGAUGCUAAUAAUAAGGAAAAAUUGUGGAAGUUUUUGCUAGAUGAUAAAUUGGAUAUGGUUGUAUCAGAUCACUCGCCCUGUACCCCGGAACUCAAGUGUAGCAAUAACUUAAAAGCUUGGGGUGGAAUAUCUUCGGUCCAGUUUGGUUUGCCAUUAUUUUGGACUCAAGCUAGUGCUCGUGGAUUAGAUUUAAGAUCAAUAACCAAAUAUCUAAGUUCUGGUCCAGCCCAUCUUUGCGGGUUGCAAAAUCGAAAAGGAGCACUUAAAAAAGGAUUGGAUGCCGAUCUUAUUUUCUUCGAUUGCGACGCAAAUUUCACUGUAACCCAAGAAAUCAUACGACAUAAAAAUAAGCUGACGCCCUAUAUUGGUAAAGAAUUGAAAGGCGUAGUUAGGAAGACCUAUUUAAGAGGACAUCUUAUAUAUGACGGUGGCGAUUUAAUCGGUUCACCUCGAGGAGAACUGUUACUCAAUGAUAUUAAAUAAACAAAAGUUUAAAUAGAUUUAUCCUAUCAAAUAUAAAAAUAAAUAAAA